CCAUCUCGGACUCUCACGCUGCCUUCGAUAUAAGUCUUGGAGCUCUCCCGUCCCGUCCCACGACCGCCUCUGUUCUGACCCCUCCCCACAUCUCCUCCAUUCACACACAACGUUGAACGUCCAUUCCUCUUCACUUCUUACUUCACAACUUAACACAUAGCCAGCCCAUACAUCCACAACUUAACAAAAUGUCAUCAAGUCAUAGAAGACAAGGCUCGAGCCAGAGCACCUCCAGUGGCCACUCCCACCAGCAGAGCCACGACUCGUUCGAGUCCCACCUCACUCACUCUACCGCCCCUACAUCUCUCUAUUCCACCCAUGACCACUACUUCUCAGACCACAAGGCUAUGGGAACAUCGACAAGGCCGGAUGAAGAAGACCUGUAUAUUCCCUCUUCUUAUCACCACUCGCAACCCAAGCCAUAUGUCUACCAGGACGACGUCAGCCCGGCCACUUCGCUCUACCCACGUUCCUCAGUCGAGACCUACGCCUCCACGACAGCCUCAUCCCAAGAUCUCGACGCCAUGGACCUUGACGACGAAUCACCCGUGGAGGCCGAGGACACCAGCAUCCCGCCGCUCCCUACGUACCGUCGUGAACUUGUGGAACCCAACGUCCGGGCAACCACCCCUCAGGAUUUCGCCAAGCUGUUCCCCUCGCUCAACCGUCUGUCCAUCCGUCACGAUGAGUACACGUCGGACGGGAACAUGAACCUGCGCAUCGACACUGUCGUCACUGGCCGCAGAAGAACCGUCUAUCAACUCUUCCAUCUGCGCAUGUACGACUUGGCCAAGCGGGAGUUCUCUCUGCGUCGGUACUGCCGUGACUCCGGGCGUGAGGUCUGCAACUCGAAGCGCAAGUACGCCGAGUCGUCGGCAUCGGCCAAGGCCAAGUCUAGGGCUGCCUCCAGGGAUGAUGUCAACAAGAGCCACCACGAGCGUCCAACCUUGAAGCGCUCCAUGUCGACGGCUAUCAAGACGCUCAGUGCUGCGACCAAGUCCAAGCCCGUCCUUCGGCGCACAACAACGUCCGGUGCUGCAUCUAUCUGCUCCAGCCGACCCAACACCAGCGACUCGUGCUACGGUGACGAUGAGUUGUGCCACCACAGCAACUCUUCGCGCAUGUCUCUCACUUCCAAGGGGAAGGCCCACCGUGCCGUUCCCACCAACACCAUCAAGCUUGAAUUCAGCAACUAUGCCCGUGUUGAUGUGCACCGCCGUGGUGGUAAGAGCAACAAGCGGUACGAAUUUGAGUGGUGGGGUCACAACUAUGCCUGGAAGCGCUCUGUCGACAAGCAAAUGGGGGGUCAAGUUUCAUUCCACCUCAUCCGCGACGGAAACACCAGCGCCCCGGUCGCCCACAUUGUUCCCGAGACUCGAUCGCCCGCCCAGGUUGAUGCCGACGAGCGUGCUGGUGGAUGGGUUCCCCCAUGCUUCAUGUGGAUCGCUGAUGAGACGAUCAUUGAUGCUGUCACCGAUGUUGCUGAUGUUAUCAUGGCUUCUGGCCUCAUGGCUCUUGUCGACGACUGCAUCAAGGAGAAGUGGCAGACCUCCAAGAAGGUCCACCGCAUCCCCUUGACACACAGAACCGUCAGCCUUCCUAGCAUUGACGCCAGCCCACGAUCCAUCAUGCAGCACGUCUUCGGUCGGCGGCACUCGCAAGCUCAGUCUCAGCAACCUACUCCGAUGCGGCUUGAUCAACCCAUAGCAGCCUGCUAAACGAAGUCUUUCACUUCACCAAUUGUUCUUGCGGUCUUCACCGGUUCUAUCUCCUUUGUCACUAUCACGAUAAACUUUGCGAUUCACAUCGGCUUU